UUUGAAGGACCCUGAAGGACCCCGAGAAUAUCCGGCAACCCGAGAACAUCUGGUACCUACAAUGGCAUUUCGCUCGUUUGGUUCGAUUCUCCUGGAAGUCUGUCACUGUCAAACACUGUCAUUUGAAAAUUCAAACUACUUUGAAUGUGAGAAAAUGUGAACAUCCAAUUAACGGUGGAUUUGAUAUCAAUUCAAACUAAAGAAUACAGGGAAAUAAAGAGUUUACAACUCAAACAUAGAGUUGGAUCGUUUGAAUGCAUAAUAAUAAUAACAUGACAAUUAAAAAAACAUUAUGAAGCUAGUCAUUUGCAAAGAUGGCCCCUGCAUCAGGAUGAAUCAAAACUCUGUUCAGUUGAUGUUGUUCAACAGGCACUGAUGACAAAACAACAGUUUCACAGAACUUUCUUGUUGUUCUUUUGUCAUUUCUGGUAUUUUGAAGCUGCGGAUGUUUGAACAUGACAUCACAACUGUGUGUGUUUUGUUUUUAAAGUAUUUGUGCAUUACUUUGGCUUGUUUCAUUCUCAUUUUUGGAAGAAAGCUUGCAUGCGUGUGGAUGACUGGGCAUUUCUGCACUCGUAGCUGUGCGGUGCAUUUCUACCGAGACGGUUUCAGUGACUCUGACUUUUAAACGGAAGUGUGUGCAAACCUUGGUUUGAGUGUUGCACAGGAAAGUUUCAGUAGAGAGCACAUGGGCUGGGUGUGCAGGAAGUAAGUCACAACCCAUAUCAAGAAUAGGAAGAGACAUCAGAGGUGGUUUCCUCCUUUUACCUCCAUGCAUGGUAGCAGAAGCUCGUUUUAUCAUAGCCUCUCUUUUAGACUCUCCUCACGAUGCAAGAGACUCUGCUCCGAGUGUUUGUGGUGGUUGUGGGACUCCUGGUGUGUCCGAAGGACGACCCCAGACUGCAGCAAUGGGAUGAAGUCUUAACUACCGGAUUGCAAAAGCCUGAGGAGAGACAGUGGAGGGAGGAAGAGCAAACAGUGGCACCUGUCAGCGAGAAAACGCUGGCGGAAUCUGACAAGAAGACUCAAGAUUACACCAACAGAAAUGUCGAAGAUCAGAGUCUGUCAGGUACUGUUGCCAGAGAAAAAGUCAGCAUGCCAGAGUUGAAUGCUGCUGUCACUCAGCAGCUCCUGGAAGAAGAAAUCCCACGUCUACAAGGAGAGCCGGCUCUGGAAGCCUCCCAGUCUGCCGACGAGCAAAAGAGAAAAUAUCUCCUGAUUUACAGAACAUCUGAUGAGCCGGAGAGUCUGCAGGAGCCGGAGAGUCUGCAGGGGGAGCCCACAAAACCGGAAAUGACCCACUCACAAGCUUCUCCUGUUCACACAAAGAUGGCAGACAAGAAGAGUUCAGGGAGGGCUUCUGCACAGUUCGAGACGGAGUACCUGAAACACAUCUGGAACGCAUUCUCUAUAAUUUCCACAAUUUGUUUCUUUUGGAAAUACCUUGGAGGAAAUAUUCGAAAGAACCAUGAGGAGCCCAAGGCCUUCUCUGGGACCAGCAUGGCUGCAGAAGCACCACUGCCAGACGCCAGCGUUCUGCACCAGUUUUAUGUCAAAUGUGUUCAAGCACCACCUGAGAAGACGUGCAGGGAGGAGGAGUUCAUGGAAGGCUUUGCUAACGACCUGCUGACAGCCAUGAGGAGCGUCUGUGAUGAAGAUGGCAGAAUGAGGGUUGAGGACUUCCACAUAGUGAGUGUGAAGGAGAUCAUCAUUCCCCUCGCUCCACCUGAGCCGUACGGUUUUCGGUGUCUGCUCUCGAAUGAUGAGGGUGGUGUCCCUCCAACAGAAAUGCAGGUCUGUGGUCAGAUCAAGCUGGUGGAGGAAGCAGUGGUCUUAAACGGCUGUCCCUGUCAGGCCCCGGGUGCAGAUGGAGAUGUGGUUUGUCUGGUCCACUGUGAACCAAAACCAAUCAGAAAAAAAGUGUCUGACGCUCGCGAUGGCCCUCUGUGCUCCAAGAACACUCAUUUCCUGUCAAAAUCCAGAGUUACCAGGUGGUUCCAGAGCACUCUCAAACAAGCGUGGGCUCUGAUCUCGCACAAGUACGACUUUGACCUCAUCCUUUGCUACAUCGAGGCUCCGGGGGCUCUGACCAUCCGGUUUCGGUCUGGGAAGAAGCUCAGCUUCAGGAUGAACCCAGUAGUUCGAUUCAACGCAGAAGCUCAUUUCUUCAUCGCCCCCUGGUCCUCGAGUGACCUGGAUACUUUCUGGCCACUCUCCCUGAGCGGCUAUGAGGAGCAGCUUAUGCACAAGCUCUCCGAGCAGCUCCCUGAAAACUCCUGUCACAUUCAGACACUUGAAAUUACACUUUUCCUCCACAGAAGACAUGCAACCUGGUUCGGAAGUACGGCACUGAGAGAUUUCCACUUCAAAGCUGCGCUGAUGCAUCUGCUUCUGAAGAAAAAGCCGUCGGACUGGGGCCGAGGUGAGGCGGGCUGCCGGCUGCGGGAUUUGCUGACCUUUGUGGAGAAAAGCCUUCAGAAGAAGCUGCUGAAGCACGUCCUCCUUGGAAACUCCUCCAUUACACUGAUGAAACUGCCUGCAGAGAUCACAAAAGCCAAGCCUGUGAAUCUCCUACAGCCUCUUGCCGAGCACGACUGUGUGUACAGAAGCACAGUCAUGGGUUUUCAGGACAUGCUCAAAAAUGCUCACAUGCUGAUGAAUGAUUAUGUUGCUCGGUAUUAUGAAGACAUCAAUGGCACCCUAUGAAAAACCUUUCAUACUACCAAUACCCUUUUUUUGUUUUUAAAUACAUAACAU